AAAAAAGUCUCUUGGCUUUGUUUGCGUACGUCAAUUUGUAGAAGCAAUCUCGCUUUUUACCCUUAUUCUCUGCAUCAUCAUCAUUCAAGCUCGGAGCUCUCUCUCUCUCGCUCUAUCCUCCGCCGGCGAUCUCCUCCCGCUUAAUCUCACCGAUUCAGAUGGGGAAGAUCAAGAAAGUGAAUCACAGUGCUCACAUUGCUACUCCUUAUCCAUCACCAUGUUGCAAGGAAGAAUGGGCUGGCUCAACCUGCCCAGUUUGUUUGGAGUCUCCACACAAUGCGGUUCUUCUCCUCUGUUCUUCCUAUCACAAAGGUUGCCGUCCUUACAUGUGUGCAACUAGCACCCGUUUUGCCAACUGCCUUGACCAAUACAGGAAAUCGUACAGUAACGAAAGCUCAGGACAACCAGAGCUUCUGUGUCCACUGUGUAGAGGUCAAGUGAAAGGUUGGACUGUUGUGAAAGACGCUCGGAUGCAUUUCAACUCCAAGAGAAGGACCUGUAUGCAGGAUAACUGUUCGUUUGUAGGAAACUUCCGGAAGCUCAAGAAACAUAUGAAGGAAAAACACCCACAUGCUUGCCCGAGAGCCAUUGACCCAGCUUUAGAAACCAAAUGGAAGAGGCUUGAGAGGGAAAGAGACAGAAGAGAUGUGAUUAGCACGAUAAUGUCGUCGACUCCAGGUGCUGUUGUGUUGGGAGAUUAUGUGAUAGAGCCGCAUAACCGAGCUGUCUAUGAUGAAGAAGACGAAGAAGAAGAUUACAGCUCAGAUGAUUCUCUGAGCAACGGGAUAUUGGAUCUAGAUUCAACAUGGCAAGGACAAAGCCAUCACAUUCGGUUUGUGGAUCUGGAAUCAAGCGACUUUGCAUCCUCUUCCAGCUCCCCUGCUUCUCCUAGCCGUUCCCUUCGCCGUUUGCUCUUUCCAAGGAACCAGAGAGGCAGGCAAUAGAGGUCGGUAACUCUUAAUUUAACCGAAGCAAAUCCCACUGCAUAUUUCUCAAACUCUCUCCACGGUUACAUUUGACUUAAAAAUUGCAGGAGCAGUAUAAAAAGGCUAACAUAACUAGCCAAAGUAGCCAUACACAGGGAAUUGAAAAGAAAAAAAAAACACGCAGUCGUCCCUUUCUUUUAUUUAUUUUCAUGUAAAUUAUGUAUUCUGUGUAAUUGUAUCAUUGUUUCUGCAUUGUUGUACUCUCUACUGUGGCAUGUUCUCUUAUGCCUCUUUUCAAAUUUCUCAUUUUUUUUU